AGAGAAAUCGGUCCAGCAUCUCCGGAGCUGCGGAGCGGAGCGGAUGACAGAGACAGAGUCCUCAUCAGCAAAAUGAGCUGGAAUUAGCUCGCCGCCUGCCUCCCGUGUGUUCGUGUUUCUCUGCCGCGAUGUGCAAACUGGAUAUUUAACGACUUAACGUCCUCGUCUGCUACACAUCAGUGCGGAGACCUGACUUUAUUCUAUCAAUGAGAUAUGUGGAGUGGCUUUACCGCUCGGUGGUAACGCAGAAAAACACAAGAUGAAGAAGCAGUUCAACCGAAUGAGACAGCUUGCCAACCAAACAGUGGGCAGAGCUGAAAAAACAGAAGUAUUGAGUGAAGACCUAUUGCAGGUGGAGAAACGUCUGGAGCUGGUCAAGCAGGUUUCUCACAGCACACACAAGAAGCUGACUGCCUGUCUGCAGGGCCAACAGGGCGUUGACGUGGACAAGAAGUCUGUCAGGUCCCCCUCGAAAAAGCUUCCUCUCACAACACUUGCACAAUGUAUGGUGGAGGGGGCGGCUGUGCUUGGAGACGAGUCACUAUUGGGAAAGAUGCUGAAACUCUGUGGGGAGACGCAGGAAAAACUCGCUCAGGAGCUCAUCUUGUUCGAGUUCACCAUCGAGAGGGACGUCAUCGAACCAUUGUAUGAACUUGCAGAGGUGGAAAUCCCAAAUAUCCAGAAACAAAGAAAACAUUUAGCAAAACUGGUAUUGGACAUGGACUCUGCACGCACAAGGUACUAUCAAUCCACCAAGUCUUCAGGACUGGCCAGCAAUCUGCAGCCAACAGGAGCCAAGGCCGACCACCUCAGGGAAGAGAUGGAGGAGGCAGCCAACCGCAUGGAGAUUUGUCGAGACCAGCUAUCAGCAGACAUGUACAGUUUUGUGGCCAAAGAAAUUGACUAUGCAAGCUACUUCCAGACACUGAUAGAAGUUCAAGCAGAGUACCACAGGAAGUCAUUAGAGCUACUUCAAAGUGUUCUGCCCCAGAUCAAAGCUCAUCAGGAGACCUGGGUGGAGAAACCGUGCUAUGGGAAACCAUUAGAGGAGCACUUAGCGCUCAGUGGGAGAGAUAUUGCCUUUCCCAUCGAGGCUUGUGUCACCAUGCUGCUGGAGUGUGGCAUGCAGGAGGAGGGUCUGUUCAGAAUCGCUCCCUCGGCCUCCAAACUGAAGAAACUGAAGGCGUCUCUGGACUGCGGGGUGUUAGACGUUCAGGAGUACUCUGCAGACCCGCACGCCAUUGCAGGUGCUUUGAAGUCGUACCUGCGCGAGCUCCCCGAGCCAUUAAUGACCUUUGAACUUUACAAUGACUGGAUCCAGGCCUCCAAUAUUCAAGAUCCAGAAAAAAGACUGCAGGCUUUGCUUGGUGCCUGUGAGAAACUACCCCCAGCCAACAACAACAACUUUAAGUAUUUGAUCAAAUUCCUCUCCAAACUGACUGAAUACCAGGACGUGAACAAGAUGACGCCUGGAAAUAUUGCCAUCGUCCUCGGACCCAACCUUCUGUGGACUCACAAUGAAGGCAACAUCACAGAGAUGAUGACGACUGUUUCCCUGCAGAUCGUCGGCAUCAUCGAGCCCAUCAUCCAGCACGCCGACUGGUUCUUCCCUGGAGAAAUAGAGUUCAACGUCACAGGAAACUAUGGUAGCCCUGUCCACACCAACCACAACGCCAACUACAGCUUGAUGCCAUCUCCAGAUAUGGAUCAGAUAGAUCGCAGGCAGAGCGACCAGAGCCGACGGCCACUGAGCGUCGCAACAGACAACAUGAUGCUGGAGUUCUAUAAGAAAGACGGCAUUAGGAAGAUACAAAGCAUGGGUGUCAAGGUGAUGGACACCUCUUGGGUAUCACGCAGGGGCUCGUCGUCUUCGCGUAAAACUUCCUCCACGCCACCGAGCGUGCACCCCCCUACCCCGCCCGCUGACGCGCUCAUCCCCGAGCAGCAUGGGGAUUUCUAUGCCUUCCCCUCCCCCACCCCUCCUCCCACUAGCAGCGACCGAGCCAGUACUCUAAAAAACAAGGAGCUGUCUCCAGUGAUCGGACAGAAGGGACUCCAGGGAACAAUGACCUCUAGUGGACAGUCUCCACAUCCUGAGCACAGCCCACACAGCCUGCGGAGAGCAAAGAAGCUGGCCCCAAUCCCACCUAAAGGCCCGUACUGCCAAACAGGAGCAAUGUCCGACCAGUCCACAGGUCAGCCGUCUCCAGUCAGCCUGUCGCCCACUCCUCCCAGCACCCCCUCCCCUUAUGGCUUCAGCUACCCACAGGGAUACGCCACCAUCGGCUCUCCAGGUCAGACCCAGACAGCGACCACCCCAUCCCUGUCCUCUCCACCCUCGCUGGCCGGUACUCUAACCAAGCCCAGACCAACCCCCAAACCGCCCCGACAGAGACCUAACUUGCCUCCACCUCAGCCCCCCUCCACACCCGGUACAAGUCCUCAGCCUCUGGAGCAUUCUUCAGGUCUCCUGGAUGGUUUGUCUCCUGGGGAAAGCAUGUCCACAGAUUCACUCUGCAACUUGGACAUCCCUAUCAUCGACAUGGAACUGGACGGCAUUUUUGACUUGACCCACAUCUCCCCCUUCAGGAACUCAGUGGCCCUGCUCAACUCCACCAACAGCAGGGCAGACUCCGACGAUGAGUCUGAGAGCACAGUGCUAUGACGCCGCUGAGUUCCUGUGUUGGCUGUUUGAAUCAAACACAACACCACUGCUGCACCGUCUCUCUCAUUCGUCGGCUUUCCCCUCGCUCCUGCUGCAUCUCUUUAGCCUCAACGACCGCUCUGGAUCUCCUCAUCUCACCUCACCUGUACUCGAUCCAGAGGGGCCGACGUGUAAAAACUAGCGCCUCUGCACAGAAAUAUAAAAAAUAUGGAGAACACACAUACAAGGUGACUUUUUAUCAGAUGCGCCUAUUUACAUUUUUACUUUGGCUGAUUAUUUAGUCCUUUUUUUAAGUUUUCUAUUUCUUUUUGCCUUAUUUGAUUCACCUGCAAUAUUGCCUUUAACGUCACACACAAGACUGGAAACAGGCCGGUGCCGCUGCUGCAUCUCAUGAGUGAACUUCAGAAGAAACCAAGAACACAGUAUUGUGCAUCUACCUGGUCAACUUGUCUUCUUUCUCUCAUCGCUGAACUCCCAUUACCACUUGCUCCUUCACUCCUUCACUCCUCAGGGGUUGUUUGUUUCAUUUCUCACCGAGCGUUCACUGUGAGUGUGCCAGGAUGUUUUUUUAGGAAAGUGUGUGUGUUUUUUGCUAGUGUGUGGUGUGUUAAUUAACGUGGUAAUCAUUCUCUAUGAUGUUGCACUGUUGGUGUUGUGGAGCAAAACCAGGAAUGCAUGUUUUAGACAUUUAGGAGAACAACAACAAGAUGACGCAUCGGUUCAAAGCUCAAUCACACUGUUCUCUAAACUCACAUAGCAGUCAGUAAGGAUAUCAGCCCACCGCUUAUUUAUUGUUUCUACUGUACAUUGUCAGAGUAUAUGAUAUGAUUUACUAUAUAAAUCCAACCAGAUCAUAUUUUUUAUCCACAGGAGAGUUAUAAAGAGACCGUUUCUUCUAUAGCUUAAGCUGUCAGGGAGCUAUGAAAUAUAUACAAUGCAUACUAAAGUUUAUGAAACAUCCAGGAAGAUUAAAAUGAAAAAGUCCAUGUAAUUAUUCAUCAUUGUUUUUGGCAUUAAGCCAGAAUUUUUUCAUUUUUCUUUGUCAAGUUAUGAGACAUUAAGAGGAAGAAAAAGAUGUAUAAGCUUGAUAAUAUGAACCCUGCAGAGCAUAACUAUAUUUAUUUUGAGCGUGAGCUCAGAUUGGUUAGCUGUUAUGCAGUUAUUUUACAAACCUUCUUUCCAGAAAGGUUUGGGAAUUUUCUAAAAUGCAAUAAAAACUUGAAGCUGUUCAUUAAAUUUGUUUAAACCUUCUUUUGACUGACACAAGUCCAAAGCAAUUAUUUUUUAGUGUUUUCAGGAGCUUCAUUCUGUUUAUAAACUAUAAACAAAUUCAAUAUUUGAUGACGCUGGUAUACGUAAAAAAAACAAAAAAAACAUACCUGGAUAGAAAAAAGUUUGCCAUUGUGAUCCAUCAACUUCCUCUAAUGCCACUUACAUCAUGAGGAUACUAAUUGUCACAGUUUUACAGAGAAAUCUCUUCUUGCUGAAUUUAAGAUUUCAGCAACUUAAUAGUCUGUGGUUGUUGUCUGAUUCCAAAACGUUUCACUAGGAUACAGAUGUGGACUGCAGGGAGGCCAGUUAAGCACACACACCCUGCUGAUGGAAGUCGUGCAGAAUGAGGUCUGAUGUCCUGCUGAAACAAUCACAGACCUCCUGAGAAAAGAUGUCCAACAUCCAUUUCUGUAUCAGUGAUACCUUCACAUAAAAUUAAUCAUCCAUGUCAUGGAAACUAAUAGACCAUACCAUCAGAGACGCUGUUUUUUUUUUUUUUUUGUUUUUUUUCAGCUUUCUCUGAUAACAGUCUAGAUGGUUUGUUUCAUUCUCUACAAUAGUUCUUUUCCAAAAGCAGCUGAAACAUGGGCUCAUCUGACCAUAAAACAUGUGUCCACCGACUCUGGCCAUUUAAGAUGACCUCAUGUCUUAAGAACUUGACUGUGUCUGCAUAGAAUUGAAACAUGGCUUCUUCCUCAUGGAAUACAAUGUUCAUGGUGGCUUGAUGGUCUAAUGAUGGUCUCUCUUGCAGUGCUGCCUGAGGACUUAAAGCUGUUGACAGCAUCGUCAACUUUUACUUCCUAAGAUUUCCACCACAGACUCCCUGAAUCUUUUCACAUUAUUCUGUAUAUAUAUAUAUAUAUAUAUAGUUAUUAUUAUUAUUAUUUACUUAUUAUUUAUUUAAUAGAAUAGAUAGGCUGAGUUUGGCAAAAAGUGGUGAGCCCUGAGCUGUCCCUGCAUAGAAAGACUAAGCCUUUGAUGGGUGUUUCUUUUAUACCCAAUC